AUGCAACGCCCCACAGGCUCCCAGGCGGUGGCCCUUCAAAACGCUCAGGAGGACAUCGACCGCAAGCGGCACAAGCGCGACCCCUUUGCCGCCAAGUAUGUCAGCCUGGCGACCAGCGAGUUUGGCGAGGCAGCAGUGCAGGCUGACGCGCGCCCCGAUGCCAGCCGCACUGCAGUGGAGGUGGCCGCUGCCAACGUGCACCUCAUCAAAACCAUGAAGAAUGCGCUGGUCAAGCAGACCCGGGAAGCUGUAAAGCGGGUGGCGCCGCCGCAGCGUGCUCGACUGGGCACCCGCGGCGGGCAGCGGCAGCAGGCGGCUGCCGUCGCUGCCGCUGCGGCGGGCGGGGCGGAAGGCGCUGGCGACGACGGCGGCGGCCAGGAUGCAGAGAACGGCGCCGGCGCAGCCUCCUUCUACCGUGACGACCUGCACCAGCAGUUCCAGCAGCUGCUGCAGGGCGGCCUGGCACUGGGGCCGGAGCUGGAGGACCUGCAAGAGCAGCUGCUGCAGGGGCAGGACGGCGCUGCCAGCCGGCUGCCGGAUGCUGAGCUGGCGCUUGAUGUGGAGGCCGAGCUGGCGCCGCCGCCGUUCGAUGACUUUCUGCUGCAGCUGUUCGGAGACGGCGAGGCGUUAAAGGAGCAGGAGGCUUCAGCUGCAGCGGCGCCGCUCAGCGAGGAGGCUGCAGCAGGCCUUGCAGCGGCCGUGGAUGCUCUGCACCGGCACACAGCGCAGCUGGAGGAGCAGGGGGUGCUGCCAUCGGCGGCUGGCUCUGCUGCCUGGCUGCUUCCAGACGGUUCUGAGGCACAGGGUGUAGCGAGCAUGGCGUCGCUGCCGCCCUACAUUCAGCAGGGGCAGGCUGAUGUGCCAGAGGGAUGGCAGCAGCCGCGCCUGCAGCAGCCGCAGCAGGAGGAUGCGCAGGUGCAUGCGUCCGGCAGUCUUCUGCACUGGACCGCCGAAGCAUUCGGGGGGGCAGGCAGCGAGGAUGCGAUUCAGGACGCCGAUGAUGGCGACGCUGGCUGGGCAGACUUCGAGGAGCAAAGCGGGCCAGGCGGCGGCUCUGCCCGGCACCGCAGGCCGCCCCAGCCUCAGCGCCCGCUGGUGCAGCUGCAGCUGCGGCGCCAGCCAGCCGCUGCCGGCGGUGUGUGUGUGGCGUUCGACGACGAGCAGCAGCAGCAGCUGAAGCCGCAAGAGCACCAGCGGCAGGAGGCCGACGUGGGUCAGACCAGACUGAGUGAGCAGCGUGAAGGUGGCGGCAGCCAGCCAGGCGUGGCAGCUGACGAUCCCUGGCUGGAGCUGGAGCAGAGCAGUGAGCCGGAGCGGCCGGGCCGGCAGCAGCCCUUCCGGGCUGAGGCAGCGGCGGCAGCCGGACAGCAGACACCAGGGCUGGCAGCAGGAGGCGGGCGGCGAGUGCCGACCUUUGCCGCCAGGCGGCAGCCGCUGGCGCUGAGCCAAUCCGACCAGCAGGCACUGCCUCAGGCCGCGACCUGCAUGCCAGGCAUCGAGGAUGACGAGGAGUGGGAUGGCGGCAUGCUCGAGCAGGUGGCGGCGCUGGAGCAGGCGGCUCUUCAGCAGCAGCAGCAGCAGCGGCAGCGGAGGGCACCUGUGUUUCGCAACCGCGCCUUCACGCAGCAGCCGCUGCAGCCCGGGGUGUGGCCUGGUGGCGGUGGUGGUGGCAGCGGGGCUGGUGCCUCUGAGGGGAUUGAGGAGGCUGACUCAGAUGGCGAGCUGGCACCAGGACCCUCAGCAGCAGCUGCGGCUGCCAGGCGGCCGCCCAGGGCAGCGGCUGUGCCUGUGCUGGGCAGGCGGGCAGUGCUACCGCUGGCUGCCGGCGCCGCCGCGCCAGCUGAGGAGCAGCAGGCUGAGGAGGGGCAGGCGGGCCCGGCCGAGGAUGCAGCAGCGCCUGCCACUGGCGGUGAUGGCACGGCAAUGCAGCAUGUGAGGUCCCAGCUUCGUGGCCCGGCGCCUCGAGCAGCGGCAGUGGCGGCUGAGGCGGCGGCUGGUGAUGACGGCCAGAUCCUGCACAUCGACUUCUCUGCCAUUGACCUGGAGGCUUUCCGGCCCAGCGUGCUGCUGCAGCAGCAGGCGGGCGGCAAGCCCAGGUGGAAGCCCGUGUUUGAUCCAGAUACCCUGCUGCUGCAGCCGCUGCGGGCCGGCCUGGCGCCGCCACCCACCCUCGCGGCGCGGUCGGCAGGGCCUGCCAGCGCUGCUGCGGCUCAGCAGCUUGUGGCGGGGCUCACUGCUGAGGACUUGGCUGGGUGGGACGACUGGGAUGAUGACUGGGGAGAGGCGGCCGCAGGUGGCGGCCCCACCGGCAGCCCGACAGGCGCCGAUGCUGCUCUUUGCGCUGCUGCCGGGCAGCACGGCGGUGCCAACUUGUGCGGCGGGCAACACGCCAUGCAGCAGCACAGGCGGCAGCAGGGGCAGGAGCAGGAUGAGGUGGCUGUGGAAUGGGAUGAGCUGCCGGCCCCGCCAGCUGUUGAGGAGGACUGGGAGGCGCCAGCACAGGAGUUGAAGGCGGCAGCAGUAGCCUCGCCGGCAGCUGGCGUGCGGUUUCAGGAGGAGGUGGUGCAGGUGUGCUUUGACUACUAUGAUGAUGGCGGAGAGUGGGAGGAGGAACAGGCAGUAAGUGAGCCAGCGCAGGCAGUCUCGCAGGCGGCACGGCAGGCGGCUGGCGGCGCAGCUGCUGCCUGCGGCAGCGGCUGGUUCUGGCAGCAGGAGGAGCAGCAUGCCCCAGACGAGCACUGCAGCUGGGGAGUUGAGCAGGCACAGCAGCAGGUGCCUGCAGCAGCUGGCGGCCCAGCAGACGUCUGGGCCGAGUUUGGGGCCCCACCAGGCGACAGCAGCUGCGCCCAGGCGGCAGCGGCAGCUGCGCCGCAGGCGGCAGUGAGCAACGAGGAUGUGACUUGGGGGCAUGAGGCUGGGGAGGGAACAGGCGGCACUCCAGUGGCCUCUCCUGCCAGCACAAACGCUGUCGCCGUGAGCAUGUCGCUUGGCAGCCCGGCUGUGGAUGAUGUGGCGGCGGAGGCUGAUGCGGGCAUAGGCGACUUUGGUGGAGGCUGCUGGGGCUGUGACAUCGAAUGGGAGGACGGCAGGGGGGCAGAGGAGCAGGGGGCAGCUAGCUGCCAUGUGGAGGCCCUUGUGCAGGGCGGCGGCGACCGCGGGGAGCGCAGAAAUGUGGAGGCCGAGGGUGAGACAGCCGUGGCAGCUGCCGCGGCUGGAUCCGCGGCAGCAGCAGAGCAGAUGCUGGCUCUUGAUUGGGAGUAUGACGAUGUGGCUGAGGAGGCUGCCGAGGCAGACGCUGCCACAGGCAGGAGCUUCCUGGCUUUGCUGCAGGAGCGGCGGCGCGCUCGGGUGGACCUGCAGCCGCUGCUGCCGCAGCUGAGCCAGCGGCUGGGAGCGGCCCUGGCGGCGGGCGGCCCCGGUGGCGGCGGCGGCGGCAGUGGAAGGGCGCUGCUGUCGGCUGUGCGGCGGGAGUGCCUGCAGAGCGGCGUGCAGGGCACCCAGGCCAGCACUGAGCGCUACCUCAUGGCGCUCCUCACCGCCGCCAACCAGCACAACGCGGGAGGUGUCGCCGCUGCCGAGGACCAGCAGGCAGCACAGGCUGGCGGCAGAUCGGGAGCGGCGGCAGGAGCGCUGGCGGCGGCGCUGGGGGGAAAGCAGUUGCGGCUCAGCGCGCCACCUGGCGCAAGCGACGUCUUCAUCGCAGCCAUCUGA